CUUCAGUGUCUUCACUCUCUUUCAAAAAACAUCUAUCUAAACUAAGCUAUUCGCACCAUCUCCACGCGCCAUGUACGGUCACAGUAACUCCACAUUCCCACUCGCUGACUUCGUUCUCGGCCACCACCCUUCGUCUCCCGACGGCACUGCUCCAUCGGCUUUCCUGUCGGUGUCAGGUCAGUUCCCUCCGCCAGCUCACUUAAUCAUUCCGGACCAACUGCCUGGAUUUGAGAUGGCCGGCAGCAGUACUACUAGUGGUUGCAGCAGCUACGGUUCGCCGAGUUCGCUGGCGAGUUGUGGAACGACUCACCAACCGAGUUUGAUUCAGAGGAGUAUUAGUAGCCAUUCGCUGCAAAAAAAUGGGUACCAUUGUCAUUUCACAUGCCCUCAGGAUUUUCUUGACAUGGACACCAGCCAUGUAAGGAGAGUCUUCAGCACUGGUGAUUUGCAGCAUGGGCACAAAGCAGACAGCCCAUUAUCAAGUGAGAGCAGUGUGAUAAUUGAGAGUAUGAGCAAAGCAUGCAAAUACAGUCCAGAGGAGAAGAAAGAGAGAAUUGAGAAGUACAGAAGCAAGAGGACACAGAGGAACUUCACCAAAAAAAUUAAGUAUGCUUGCAGAAAAACACUUGCAGACAGCCGGCCACGCAUUAGAGGGAGGUUUGCAAGGAACGAUGAAAUAGAAAAGAAUGUUCAAGCUCAAUGGAGCAAUAUAAGUGGGGAAGAAGAUAAUGAAGACUAUGACGAUAACUGGAUUGAUUUUCUGGAUGCUUUUUCAGCAAAUUCAAUUCCUUAAUUAACUUGAAAAGGGGUUGGCUGGCUGGCUGGCUGGUUAAUUAGCUAGCUAGCCAGCUGCAGCUCCCUGCAGUUCUAGUUUAGUGUAUUUGUGAUUCUAGCUAUCUAGGUUUGCUUGUUCCUCAUCAUGAUUGUGCAAUUUGACAUGUUCUUUAGCUUCAAGAAGAGGAUGUAAAUAUAGUUUGUUUGAUUUUAAUUUAUAUAUAGUCGUUCAAUUA